AUGCAGGUCCCAACAGUCACUCUAGAAGACCUCCAAGCCUUUCAAGUAGCCCACUUCCCCGGCCACCACCAAGCUUUGCACGCGCCUACGGCAGAACCUGUCGUCAAAGACGACAUCUACGCUGACGAAGAUGAUCUCGGCUACUAUCCUGACGGUGUGAAGCGCACUCUUACGGAUGAGCAAAUCCAAAUGUUCAGACACAGCGAGAUUCAUGCCCUGCUGCGCAAAAGACAGUUGGAGCUGGAUGAGGCGGAGUAUGAAGACCGGGCUCGCAAGCUCUAUAUUGGUGAGGUAGUGAGUGCCGGGGCAGACACCACCCGGGAAGAGCUGGUUCGUGAUGAGCAAAAUGUGUCCGGUGAGAAAGGGCUGCACUACGAAGCUCAUGCUCAGAAUCAGGGCCCCAGUCGUCGUCGGUCCCCGGGCGGAACAAAGCCCAAGAAAAGGGGCUAUCGUGAAACCCAGAACGAGCCGGAGCAGACCCUCGAUUAUGAAGAUGUUGAGCAGAACCCGGCUCCAGCUGCGGCUCCCAAGCCACGCCCGACGAACCCCCGGGCUCCGUUCCCAGGUCGGAAGAUUAUCUCUUAUGAGGAUUGA